GCGGCGUCUCAGGGAGCCAAUGGGAAGCGGCCUCUCGGGCUGAGGGGGCUGGGGUCGCGCUCCCUGAGGCAGACGGCGGGGAGGCCUCGAUGCGGAGGGGGCUGCCUCCUGCCCUCCACGCCCAGCCCGCCAGGGCCCCGCAGACACGGUCAGGAUGCCACUGUGCCACUGUGCGGUGAAGCACAGCGAGUCGGACAUGGAGGGGUGCCGGUUUUCACCUGACAGAGGGCUGAGGGUGCAUCUCCACUGGAAGGGUGGGGAGGAAGAGGAGAAGUAUCGCACUUACAUCCAGGGGACGCCGUGCGCGGAGGAGAUCUGCAUCGAUGUCGCUCAGGAGAUUGGGAUCACCCCCAUCUGCUACAGCCUGUUUGCUCUCUACAACCCGCAAGCCAAGCUGUGGUACCCUCCCAACCACGUUUUUGACAUCAGCAACGGAAUGAAGUUGACCUUGCAUUUUCGCAUGAGGAGGCCCAAAGUGGGUCAGGGAUCCCUGUUGUUUGGGGGCGUGGGAGAUAUGGCGAGUCCGGCGUUGGCUACAGAUCCGGGACUUGACACAGCGGAGCGCUUGGAGCUGGCUCUGCUGCUUGCACCUCCUCGUGAGGAGCCAGCAAAUUACACAGGUAAAGAUGGCAACUGCACAGUCAUGCAAAGUUUUGUUCCCUCGUGGGAUGAUUGCAAAAGGCAUCGUGUCCGGAACAACUUUUUCUUUGUCCUGUACCCUUCGUUAUCGCUGAGAGUAGAAAGCCUUCUGCACAGGGGCUAUUUGGGGAGGAAGACCAAGGCUAAGGACCACCGACCCAGCUGGACCUACCAGUCAGUGGAAAAAUGUGAGCCCAAGUGGGUACGCUUCUGUGACUUCCAGGAGAUCACGCACAUUGUCGUCAAGGUCUGCAAAGUCAGCAUCCACCGUCAAGACAAUAAGUGCUUGGAUCUGACUCUUCAGUCCCGCGAGGCUGCUCUCUCCUUGGUUUCCCUGGUCGACGGUUACUUCAGACUCACCGCGGAUUCCAGUCACUACCUGUGCCACGAAGUCGCUCCGCCACGUCUGGUGAUGAGCAUCCUGAAUGGGAUCCACGGUCCCAUGCAGGAGGAGUUCAUCUUAGCUAAACUGAAGCGGGAGGAGCCGGAAGACGGGUUGUACGCCCUUCGUUGGAGCGUCCUGGACUUCCACAGAAUGAUCUUGUCUGUGGUGAGGAGAGGCCAGAGCUGCCGGAUCCAGGAUGCCACAAGCUACAGACAGUUCCGGAUUCAGAGAAAAGGAAAUUCUUUUACCUUGGACAAGCGAGGGUUGUCUCCCAAAGAACCAGGAGAAAUUUCGGACUUGCUGAUCACACGGAAAGUGAAAGACAGUACCCGGCAGAUUCUGAACUUGACCCAGCUCAGCUUCCACCAGAUCCGAAAGAAUGAGAUCACCCAGAGAGCCCACUUGGGGCAAGGGACCCGCACCAACAUCUACGACGGCGUGUUGCGCGUGUGCGGCGGGAUCGGCGGCGAGGAUGAAACGGAGUACUUCUCCACCGAGCAGAACAACAACAGCCGUGAGAUGCGGGUCGUGCUCAAGACGCUGGAUCCCAGCCACACGGACAUCACUCUGGCUUUCUUUGAGACGGCAAGUUUGAUGAGCCAGGUGUCCCACAUCCAUUUGGCCUUUGUGCACGGAGUUUAUGCACGCAGGCUCGGAAAGCAUUCGGCCCUUCCCACCCUCUUCCAGGCCCUCUCUGCCUGGCUUCUCGGGCUGGAAUGGUGGAAGAAUUCAUUGAACACGCCCCUUGAUGCCCCUUCUUUGCGAAGCACAAAGGGCUUAAUAACCGCGGCUGGAAGUUCACUCGUUGCCACACAGCUGGGCAAGCCUUAUUUGGAAGACAAAAACCUGGUGCACGGUAAUGUCUGUGCCAAGAACAUCCUGUUGGCCAGGAAAGGCUUGGAAGACGGUUUGAUGCCUUUCAUUAAACUCAGUGACCCUGGAGUCAGCUUCACCGUCCUCUCCCGAGAAGAGAGAGUCGACAGGAUUCCAUGGAUUGCCCCAGAGUGUGUCAAAGACAUCCGGAACCUCAGCACGGCAGCCGACAAGUGGAGCUUUGGGACCACGCUGUUGGAGAUAUGCUUCGAUGCCGAUGUGCCCCUCAAGGAACGCACGCCUUCCGAGAAAGAACGUUUCUAUGAGAAGAAACACCGCCUCCCGGAGCCGUCCUUCAAAGAGCUCGCCACUCUGAUCAGCCAGUGCCUCACCUAUCCCCCUGGGGAGCGGCCUUCCUUCCGAACCAUCCUGCGAGACCUUACUCAGCUGCAACCAAACAAUCUCCUGGACAUCACCUCUGUCAACCCCGAUUGUCCUGUGUCUGACCCGACUGUCUUUCAGAAGCGAUACUUGAAAAAGAUCCGAGAUCUGGGAGAGGGUCACUUUGGCAAAGUGAGCUUGUACUGCUACGAUCCCACCAACGACGGCACGGGCGAGAUGGUGGCCGUCAAGUCUUUGAAGUCGGGGUUCAGCCAGCAGCUCUUGACCAGCUGGAAGAAAGAGAUUGAGAUCUUGAAGACGCUCUACCACGAAAACAUUGUCAAAUACAAGGGCUGCUGCAGCGAGCAAGGGGAAAAGGUUGUGCAGCUCAUCAUGGAGUACGUCCCAUUGGGUAGCCUGAGAGAUUAUCUUCCCAAGCACCAUGUCAGCCUGGCUCACAUCCUCCUCUUUGCCCAGCAGAUCUGUGAGGGGAUGGCUUACCUCCACUCCCUCCGUUACAUCCAUCGGGAUUUAGCCGCCAGGAACGUGCUCCUGGAGAAUGAGAACGUGGUCAAGAUUGGCGACUUCGGCCUUGCCAAAGCCAUCCCGGAAGGGCAUGAGUACUACCGUGUUUGUGAAGAUGGAGACAGCCCUGUCUUUUGGUAUGCUGUGGAGUGCCUGAAGGAGUGUAAAUUUUACUAUGCCUCCGACGUCUGGUCCUUUGGAGUGACUUUAUAUGAGCUCUUGACACACUGCGAUUCUAGUCAGAGCCCCCCAGCGAAAUUCAUUGAGAUGAUUGGAGUGACUCAGGGGCAGAUGACCGUGCUGCGGCUUAUAGAACUGCUGGACAGAGGGAGGCGACUGCCCAGCCCCAAGGACUGUCCUUGUGAGAUCUACCGUCUGAUGAAAAAUUGUUGGGAAUCGGAAGCCUCUUUCCGCCCGGUGUUCACCAACCUCGUGCCCAUCCUCAAGGCCUUCCACGAGAAGUACCGGGCCCAAGCCCCCUCGGUCUUCAGUGUCUGUUGAACAGGAGAGUGGCAGAGAUCCUCUACGGGAGCCCACGCUCUCAUUUGCACUCAGUGUCUCGAUGCCGUUUCCACGUCUGGAGAGCCACCGCGCUACGGACACUGCUUUGGCGUGAUCGGCCUGCCUUGGGACACUGCCUUCUGCCACUUGACCUUCAGAACCUACGUCGAAUGCCCCUGCCUUUGGGGAGAGGGGCUGGUCCCCCUCCCACAAAAUGUGAUCGAGUUUCUCCCCUGCUGUGAGCAAAGGCGGGGGGGGGGGCACUGAAACAGUGUCCACUGUCAUACACGACUUUUGCCUAAGUUGUGUGGGAAGGGCCGUCACGGGUGCCUGAAAGUCAGCAGGUGGCUGACGGCACUAAAACGUUCAUGGAUGUCUGGGCCCCUUGGUCAGUCUGGUGUGGUCUAAGUUAGCCGCUUGGGUCUAACCAACGCUGGGCCUUGCUGUGUUAGGAAGUCACAGUGUUCAAGGGCUCAGCACGGUGCUGUGAAAAACAGCUGUGUUGGGACUGGAUAUGGAAUACUUACAUCUGCAUCUGCUUAACCAGACAGAGGGACACACCUUCUGGCUGUUUCGUAUCCCUUAUGACAUCUUUCCGAGGACAUUUGUGUGUCUGUGUGCGCCCCCCCUCCCCCCCGGAGACUUGCCUUUAAUCCAUGUUCAAUGCAAAUACUUGGGAUGCCCAAAGAUAUGUGAACUCGUCUUUAUCUUUCCCAUUUCCCUGGUUUCUGGGUAUUUAAAAAUUGCUGGACUGUCUACAUUUCUCGGAUGGCCCCCCUCCUCUGCUUGCCGCAAGCCAUUUUGCCUCCCCUUCCUGAAGGGAAACCAGAUCUGCUCACAGGAAGGUCAAGUGGACUGGAGUCCCGAGGAAUGCCUGAACAGAAGGUCUGGUUGAAAAGUGGCUGCAUCUCUGCAGCGAGGCCCUCGCGUUGGCUGCCUGUGACGCCUUCGGCACAAGCGGUCCCCUGUCAGGGCCUGGAGUUGGCCAGAAAUCGUUGCCUGUGAAUCUCCUUGGGGUCCUUCGUGUCCCACGUUCGUCUAGAACUGUUCAUCAUUAAAGCGUCUCCACCGUUCCCUCCUUUACUGUUGCCGACCAGAAAAUGUGAAUUUGAAGGAGGAUGCUGGCGCGGGGGGGGGGGGGGGGAUGUAGAAAGGAAACAACACGGGCUUGUCAGUCGUUCCCAGACUACAAAAUGAGCAAAACCUGUAGCUAAUGUCUUUGUUGCUACUCCCCAGCAACCGAGCUCAGACAGCAGCCGUGGCCUCGACUGGCCAGCCAAAUCCUGGGGAAACCAGCUGCUGCGUUUACCUCUGAGGGACAGAUGUCUUACCUGUUCGGUUUUUGAAAACAAGCCCUUCCAAGUUCAAAACUGCAGGAACUUCUGCUUUCAUUGCCAGCCUUCGGGCCGGAGUGGGGCGGGACGACACUGUCCAUCCUCACCAAACCCCCAUUCAGCAGGCAGUUCUGUUUUCAUGAGUGUAUUUCAGAUCCUGUUGGAGGCUGCAGAACUGGACAGCGGCCAUGUUGGAUGGAGCUGGGCAAAGCUGCUCCCACUGGCUGCCUUCAGUGUCAAUGUGUCCUGCGCUGCCCUAGAUUUCUGAUUCCAGCAGUGGGACUUGUCCUGCGUGCGUUUGUCCAGCCUGACUCUUCAGGAUGUCGAAUUUUAUCCUUCUGACAGGUGGCUCAUUCCAGCAAGGGGGUGCCACGAGAGAUUCACAUUGCACUUCGUUCCCAUCUCAGUGGCCUGUGGCCGUGGUUUUCUGAGAGGACAGAAAAUGGUGGGAAGCAGGGAUUGCCGAAAAAGACAGCCCCCGACCCUUUACCAGAUUGCUGCUGUAGCUGUAUCUGGAAUGGAGCCAUUCACCCCUCAGCCUUUUGCUGUCAUUCCAGAGCUCUGCAGGCUAAAGGCAGCCACUCAGUGGAAGGCUGUUUGGAGGAAGGUCCACUAUAACCCUGGAGCGGGGGAGGGGGGGACGGGGGACCAUAGGAUUUAAAACAAUACUACUAUGCCACUGCGAGUAGCAGAGAGCUGGACUAGAUGGACUUUGGUCUGAUCCAGCUGGCUUGUUCUUAUGUUCUUAUGCACCAUGUAGUUUAAGAUUAACUAGAACCUAUUACGUUGCAAACAGUCUACCAGAAAACCUGGUGUGUGAGUUGAGGUUUACUCUAACUUUUUGUGUGACAGUUCUGUACUUUAAUGUGAGGGUAAAUUGAACAUUAAGCUUUGAAGCCCAACAUGCCGUUUCAAUUUAUAGUUUACCCUAUGAAAAGAGGAUUACUUGUAACAUUUUUAUGUUGGAGGAGCUUGGAGUAUCAUGCAUAAAAAAUACAUAAGUGCUACAACACAGAGUAAUUUCCUCUGUAAGAAUACACUAUAGUAAGUGACCAUUAAUAUUUUUUUAAUCAGUGACUUUCAGAGGUUUUGGGAUAUAUCUAUGAUUUCUGGUUGUUUUUAUUUUUAUCUUUAGGUUGGGGCUUGAAAAAGCUUUGGCAAAAUAAUAGCCCAUCUGGAGAUUAUGUUGCCCCUUAAUUCGAUACAUACCGUACAUAUUAAAAUUGGAAAUUGUUUGAUUUUGUGGAGGGGUAAGCACUUGUAUGUGCUGAAAAAAUGGCUAUACAAUUUUUUCCCCCUAUACUUCAUUGCUGUUUAUUUGAAACCCAUAAUCUUUUGUUAAUUGUCUUUUAUAAUUUGCCUGCAAAAGAUAAAACAUUCGGUUAUUGUUGGUAAUGUUUUUCAUUCAUAUCAAAUUAUCUGAGGUUUUGUACAUGAUUUACAACUUAAUAGGUUCUAGUUAACCUUAAACUACUGGGUGCAGAGUGAUGUUGUUUUAAAUCUUUUGGAGGAAGGUGGCAGGAGGGAAGGGAUUCUGCCUCAGAAACUAGGACACGGGUUCGAAGUGCAGAAAAAGAGGUUCCACCUUAACAUCAGGAAGAACUUUCUGACUGUCAGGGCUGCGCGACAGUGGAAUUCACUGCCUCGGAGAGUAGUGGAGUCUCCUUCUUUGGAUGUUUUAAAACAGAGGCUGGAUUAACAUAUGACGGGAGUGCUUUGAUUGUGUGUUCCUGCAUGGCAGGGGCUGGACUGGAUGGCCCUUGUGAUCCCUUCCAACUCUAUGAUUCUAUGAUGUGCAUGAAUGGCUUCCUGUUAUUUACCACCUUUCAAAUAUUCCAGGACUUUUAACAGUCUGGGCUGAUGAUCCUGAUGUUGACAUGCAGCUCUGCGUAUCAACAGCCAGACGUUUUUAUGGAGGUGGGGGGUCUUAAAAUGCUUAACACUGGGCAUUCAAUUUCUGAGCUGUUCUCUUAACCUUUGACCCAUGGGAAAUAAGGUGAGAACAUAUUCAGAGGUGCGUCCUUCGGCACUGUUUAGCUUUAGAACGGUGUGGGUGUAACUCACUGCCCCAAAGAUCCCAGGUUGGCUGAUUCCGGCCCUUUGCAUGAACUGGAAUGAUUCAGUGGAUCCUGCUGCUGAUCUCUUUGUAGCGAAAAUGGUUGUGGGGGUGGGGGGGGUGGGGUGGCUCUCUAGUCGGUGGGACCCCUUUGCAUGAGACAGGUCUUUGCAAAAUUCUGUUUUGGAGAAUCUGCGUUCACACUGGGUGGUUAGCUUGUCUCCUUGGCCUUAAACCCUUCCUCCGUCCCUUCACUCGGUUCCCCAAAAAGAUAAGAAACCCCCAGACGUUUAUUUUCUGAUUCGUAACUGCAUUGCAAGAGCCAUGGAUUAUGGGAUGAUGCCAACACCUUCUUUGCUGCCCGUUGCCUUUUGGCCUUCCAAAGCCCACCAGGAGCUCUUCACAGCAUUGUGCCUUUUGCGUCUGGAAUUGCACUGAAGAACCGGCGGGGGCAAGGACUCCUCCCCUCUGCAGAAGCACGGGCGACUUUCAGCUGCGGCCUCCCUCCCUUCCUCCGUGUUCAUUUUGGGCCCGAGUGUGUGCGUGCACUCAGAGAAAGAAUUCUGUGUCGGAAACCUUGCCGUACUGUGAAUGUACUCUUGAAUACUAGUCUCGCAGCAGCUAGAGCUGCCGACCACAUGUAAUCUCUCCCGGUAACGAUCUUUACGUUUUCUUCAAGUAAACCUGGAAUGGUUAACGA